AUGGCUUAUGUUUUAACUGAAACCUCUGCUGGUUAUGCUCUUUUGAAAGCCUCUGAUAAGAAAAUCUACAAAUCUUCAAGCUUGAUUCAAGAUUUGGAUAGCUCUGACAAAGUCUUGAAGGAGUUCAAGAUUGCUGCUUUUUCUAAAUUCAACUCUGCAGCUAACGCUUUAGAAGAAGCUAACUCCAUUAUUGAUGGUAAAGUAUCCUCCCAAUUAGAAAAACUUUUGGAAGAAAUUAAAAAGGAUAAAAAGUCAACCUUGAUUGUCAGUGAAACCAAGUUGGCAAAUGCUAUUAACAAGUUGGGCUUAAACUUCAACGUUGUUUCCGAUGCCGUUACUUUAGACAUCUACAGAGCAGUUAAAGAAUACUUGCCAGAGUUAUUGCCAGGUAUGUCAGACAAUGAUUUAAGUAAGAUGUCAUUGGGUUUAGCCCAUUCCAUCGGUCGUCACAAGUUGAAGUUUUCAGCUGACAAAGUUGAUGUUAUGAUUAUCCAAGCCAUUGCCUUAUUGGAUGAUUUAGACAAAGAAUUAAACACAUACGCCAUGAGAUGUAAGGAAUGGUACGGGUGGCAUUUCCCUGAACUAGCUAAGAUUGUCACUGACUCUGUUGCUUACGCUAGAAUCAUCUUAACAAUGGGUAUUAGAUCCAAGGCUUCUGAAACUGAUUUAAGUGAAAUCUUACCAGAAGAAAUUGAAGAACGUGUUAAGACCGCUGCCGAAGUUUCCAUGGGUACUGAAAUCACUCAAACAGAUUUAGACAACAUUAACGCUUUAGCUGAACAAAUCGUUGAUUUUGCUGCUUACAGAGAACAAUUGUCUAACUACUUGUCCGCAAGAAUGAAGGCCAUUGCUCCAAAUCUAACCCAAUUGGUUGGUGAAUUAGUCGGUGCUAGACUUAUCGCUCACUCUGGUUCUCUAAUUUCCCUUGCUAAAUCUCCAGCUUCUACCAUUCAAAUAUUAGGUGCCGAAAAGGCUUUAUUCAGAGCUUUGAAGACCAAGCACGAUACACCAAAGUAUGGUUUGCUAUACCAUGCUUCUCUAGUCGGUCAAGCCACCGGUAAGAACAAGGGUAAGAUUGCAAGAGUUUUGGCUGCCAAGGCCGCUGUCUCAUUGCGUUACGAUGCUUUAGCUGAAGAUAGAGACGAUUCUGGUGACAUUGGUCUAGAAUCAAGAGCUAAGGUAGAAAACAGACUAUCCCAAUUAGAAGGCAGAGAUUUGAGAACCACUCCAAAGGUUGUCCGUGAAGCCAAGAAGGUAGAAAUGACAGAAGCUAGAGCUUACAAUGCUGAUGCUGACACAGCUACCACUGCCAAGGCUGAUUCCGAUUCCGACUCCGACUCUGACUCUGAUGACGAAGAAGAAGUAAAGGAGGAAAAGAAGAAGGAAAAGAAAGAAAAGAAGGAUAAAAAGAGAAAGAGAGACGAAGAUGAAGAAUCUAAGGAUUCCAAAAAAUCAAAGAAAGACAAGAAGGAAAAGAAGGAGAAGAAGGAAAAGAAGGAAAAGAAAGAGAAGAAGGAAAAGAAGUCUAAGAAAGAGAAGAAAGAAAAGAAAUGA